AGGCAGAAGCGCGCGUCCCUGCCUCAGACCGCGCCGGCCGCGCUCACGCCUGGAGGUGUCCCGAAGCUUCCAGCUCUGCCGGCGCUAGACAUGGGUUCUGCCAGCGCUCGCCCCGCUCUGGCGGCCGCACUCCUCUGCCUAGCCCGCCUGGCUCUGGGCUCGCCCUGCCCCGCCGUCUGCCAGUGCCCCGCGGCCGUGCCGCAGUGCGCCCCGGGCGUGGGGCUGGUGCCGGACGGCUGCGGCUGCUGCAAGGUCUGCGCCAAGCAGCUGAACGAGGACUGCAGCCGGGUGCAGCCCUGCGACCACACCAAGGGGCUGGAGUGCAACUUCGGCGCCAGCCCCGCUGCGCUGAAGGGCAUCUGCAGAGCACAGUCCGAGGGGAGACCGUGUGAAUAUAACUCCAAAAUCUACCAGAACGGCGAAAGCUUCCAGCCGAACUGUAAGCACCAGUGUACGUGCAUAGAUGGAGCUGUGGGCUGCAUCCCGCUCUGCCCACAGGAGCUCUCUCUUCCUAACCUGGGCUGUCCCAGCCCCAGGCUGGUCAAAGUGCCCGGGCAGUGCUGCGAAGAGUGGAUCUGCGAUGAAAGCAAGGAUGCGCUGGAUGAGCUGGAAGGCUUCUUCAGCAAAGAGUUUGGUCCGGAUGACUCCGAAGGCGAACUAACCAGGAACAAUGAGCUGAUUGCCAUUGUGAAGGGAGGCUUGAAAAUGCUGCCUGUUUUUGGAUCUGAGCCACAAAGCCGAGCUUUUGAGAAUCCUAAAUGCAUUGUGCAAACAACCUCCUGGUCCCAGUGCUCAAAGACGUGUGGAACUGGCAUCUCCACAAGGGUUACCAAUGACAACCCUGACUGCAAGCUCAUCAAAGAGACCAGAAUAUGUGAAGUGAGGCCAUGUGGCCAGCCUAGCUAUGCCUCCCUAAAGAAGGGGAAGAAAUGUACCAAGACCAAGAAAUCCCCAUCCCCAGUGAAGUUUACUUACGCCGGAUGUUCCAGUGUGAAGAAGUACCGCCCCAAGUACUGCGGCUCCUGCGUGGAUGGCAGGUGCUGCACACCCCAGCAGACCAGGACUGUCAAGAUCAGGUUCCGCUGCGACGAUGGGGAAACCUUCACCAAGAGCGUCAUGAUGAUCCAGUCCUGCCGGUGCAACUAUAACUGUCCGCAUGCGAACGAGGCUUACCCCUACUACAGACUGGUCAAUGACAUCCACAAAUUUAGGGACUAAGUUGGGUUGGGGGUGGGAUGCUAAACAAGAGUUUUGAAGUAACCAGCUGUGGAGAAAGGACCUUUAAUGGAAAUGGUGCCUUGCCCAUUUGAGGGGGCAACAUUGAGAUGUUACAAAAGUGCACUGUGCAACUGGACACUAAUGCAACAGAGAUUUAAGCAUACUUAAAGCUUCAUAGUACUGGAGCCACUUUACUGCUUCUUUUUGGAGCACCUUACGUAAUUAUGUACUGUUUUCUGUUUGUAAGUGAUCAGAUAAAUGUUUUCUUCUGGUUAUGAAAACUUUCCUAUCCUGUUCCAUUUAACAUUAUGCUUCUCCCUCUCUUUCCAUCUUCUCCCCCCCUUUCCCAACCAAGUUGGAAGUUACAUUCCUUCCUGAGGUGGGCACUUUUGGGGUGUUCACAGUGGCAGCUAUUAUGUACCAACUGUAGUUUAAUGGCAAACAGAAAUCAGUUGUUUUAAAGCUGAGUAUUUUAUUUAUCAAACUGUAGCUUUUUGUUUUCUCUUUGAUUUGUUUUUUUACCCCUUCCAGCCCCUGUAAUACUGGAAUAAGUUGUAAAUGAUUUUAAUUUUAUAUUCAAUGAAUUAAAAGAAUUUAUUUAUGGAAUUGAUCAUUUAAUAAAGAAAUAUUUACCUAA